AUGAGUUUCAAAGGUUUCCAGAAGAGCAUUGCGCGUGCGCCACAGCAGUUCAAGCUCAAGUUCAACAUCGGUGAACAUACCAAGGAUGCUGUCUAUAGUGAUGCCGAACGCCGCUUUGAUGAGCUCGAGAAAGAGACUAAGAAGCUACACGAUGAGUCUAAGAAAUACUUUUCAGCCAUUAAUGGCAUGUUGAGCCACCAAAUCGAAUUCUCUAAAGCAGUUGCCGAAAUCUACAAACCCAUCUCCGGUCGCGCCUCCGAUCCCACAUCCUAUCAAUUUGAAGGAAAUGCCGAGGGUAUUCAGGCCUGCGAGGAAUAUGAAGUCAUCGUCCGAGAACUACAAGAUGCCCUGGCCCCCGAGUUGGAGAUGAUCGACAGCCGUAUUAUCAGCCCUGCCGACCAGCUGCUCGAGGUAAUCAAGGUGAUUCGGAAGGUCGCGGUUAAGCGUGAUCACAAGAAGCUAGACUUUGACCGCCGCAAUGCCACACUGAAGAAACUGGAAGAGAAAAAGGAUAAAUCGCUCAAAGAUGAGAAAGCACUAUACAAAGCCGAGAACGAUGUUGAGCAGUCAACCCAGGAAUUCAACUAUUACAAUGAUUUGCUGAAGGACGAACUACCCAAGCUGUUCGCCCUUGAAGCCGAGUUCAUCCGUCCGCUCUUCCAAUCCUUCUACUAUAUGCAACUCAAUGUCUUCUACACUCUCCACGAACGAAUGCAGGGCAUGAACAUCAGCUAUUUCAAUCUUGAACUCGAUGUUGAAGAGGCCUUUGAGCAGAAGCGGGGCAAUAUCCAGGAGCAAGCCGAAGCCCUUACCAUCGUGCACUACAAAACCCAAGGUGUCCGCCGCUCUGGAUCCAAACUGAACCCUCUGGGUAAGGGGGCUGAUAGUAAGGGCUCCAUCGGCCGAGGCCGUUCCAGCUCAACCGCCACCGAUGACAACCCUCCACCACCUUAUUCGUCUGCUGGCAUGCCAAGUCCAACAGGUAGUUUCUCUUCCGCGGCCAAGGGUAAGCCCGCCCCGCCUCUUCCACGUGCGAAGCCGUCCCAUCUCAGUAAAUCGGUUGAGACUGUCACCGCUCUCUAUGACUACGAGGCUCAGGCCCACGGUGAUCUGGGAUUCUCGGCUGGUGAUGUUAUUGAGAUUAUCCAGCGCACUGAAAAUACCAAUGAAUGGUGGUCUGGGCGAAUUGCGGGUCGUGAGGGCCAGUUUCCAGCCAACUAUGUGCAAUUGAAUUAG